AUGUCUCAUCGGAGUCCUACAUCAGAAAAAAGGGCUAGGAGGUUUCUGCCGGAACCUAUUGAAACUUCAUCACGCAGUUCCCGGGAUCAUCAGGCAAAGCUUUCGUCUCGAGAAAUCAGUCCGCUGAAGCAGAAAUGCCCUCGAGUCUUCAAGGCACAAUCCGCCUUGCUUCAGCAUAGUAAUGAUUCACAUCAAAUCGAACCUGCCAGGCGGAACCAGCCGGCAAGAUUGGAAGAACCCUUUCUUCAGGAUCAAAACACCGUGUUUUCACAUCCUAGGAAGUUUCCACCCCAACUCGUGGAAACGGGCAAACGUUCGUUUCGUCGACGGGAUGCUCAGAACACUUCAUCUUUUGGCAAAAGCAUACCGGGAGCAGUACCUCAAGUCUCAAAACAUGUUAAUAUAGUUAGGGAUCUGUCUGCGGAUGAUGUAUCCGGCCUCUCCGGGGAAUCGCGGUUCUCAUAUAUGAGUCUGCGACAACGCCAGGAAACAAGAAGACAUUCUUUUCGAAUUCCCAAUCUCCCUGCAAUUCCUUCUAGCUGCAGCGAGGCCUCUGAUGUAUCUGGAUGCUCUCCAGAACCCGAUUUGCCUUUUGCCAUCCUCCACCAACCCGAUUUGGAAUCGGAAAGAAAUUCGCAAGGUCAUCACGAAAAUGGAUACUCGGAAUAUGUGCUAGCCCUAGCUGCCCGCUCUGCAGAAAAACAGCUCAAGGAGCAGGCCCUGGCGGCAUUCCCAAAUGAACAAGUUUACCAGCCAGUGGAUCACUUCGCCAUUGACAAGGAAGACGAGGACAGUGUGAACGAGGACGAUUUACAAGUCCGCAGGAAAUUGUCUGCACCAGGCAAACACCGCCGGGCAUCAUCCGCAGAUCUGCCGUGGGAACUCGAGUACUUGCGCAGGCAUAAGGAGGAAGCUGAGAUGUGCGAUCGUGCAAUGGCUGGAACAAAAGGGUUACACUUUCCACCUAUUGAUCAUCGACCUUCUGACGGAACCAUGCAGACUUGUGGAAAUUGGACUGGUGGCUUUGGUUUACCACAAACAAGACAAGGCGCAAGCCCUCCAAUGCUUGGGGUUGAUCUUGUGUUUCCACAAAGUCUGUCUCCCGAGAUGACACUAUGUGAGAGCAGCGUUAUCGAACAAAAUAAUCCACAAGACAAGUUAUAUCAUCCCCCGAGGCUUUGGUUUGCCAACCGUGACCUGUUUGAUAAGUCUGAUGGCGGAGGUCUUUGGAUGGGGACUUGCAAAUCCAAUAAGUUUCCUGAUUUUGAAGACUCGCGGUCGCUGCGCAUGGGCUUGAGUGGAGAUACCGGAGAACAAUCUCAAUACCCGACUGCAACGCUCAUGCAACAUGAAAAGCAGCCACUCGGUUGCUCCAGGGGUGUUCAAGCCUCGACACAUACGAGGCAGCAUGUCAGCCAGGAAGAGGACCUUGAUCGUGAGCUGGAUGACAGCUUUGUCACUCAGAUAUACAACUAUCUGUCCCUGGGCUAUCCAUGCGUCGCUCGCUAUUACGAUCAUGAACUCAGUAUUGUUUCCGGAAUCCCUGUAGCUGACCUUCGACGGGAUGAUCUAAAGACAGAUGCCAAGGGUUAUGUCAGCGUUGUGAGCGAAAACUCGAUAGACCGAAGGGUAGCAAAAGAGGUUUGCAUGCGUUGGAUGGCCCUGCGUUUGUACAUACAAGACUGGGCUAGGAAGCGGCCCAGGACGGCUGAAGGCGAUGGCGAUCAUGGAACAUGGGGGGUCUGUGAACGAAAGGGCAGUUGGGCUAUAUAACACAACACAAGUCCCAUGCGUACGUAAUUUGGGGAAAAGAAGCUUGGUAUGCAGCUGCACCUAUUACUAACAUGGUUCAUAUACGAAAGUCCAAAAAUCGCGGUGGGAAUAAGUGUUUGGCGAAUGAAGGAGGCCCAACAACAAGUACAUAAUACAUUUAUAAUUAAAGAAUUUGGACAUUAGUUAUUUUCGUU